AUGUCCCACUAUGAAGAUCUAGGAACUGGCUUGGGACUGCUAUCUCUCGACGAUGUGAGAAGACAUGAAGUUGAAAAUAACCAGGCAUUCCAUACAAGUCAUGAUGAUGGCGAUGCCAUGGAUAUCGACUCGGUAUCCGAUUUGUCAGAGCAAGACAUUGUAUUGCAAGAGGCAGACGAUGGAGAAACUGAGAAUGUUUGCGAAGAUGAGGAGAAUACUCUGAUCAUGAACAUUCUCAGUCCAACUAGCCUAGGUGUCCAAUACGCACUUAAACAGAGACUACUAAUGCCGCCACCAGAUAAAGACACCAACCACAGACUAUCUGAUCUGGACUAUGUAUAUGAUACAAGCAUGGCAGUGCGUUCGGGGGCGGUCAACCUGCCCAAUCGGAGCACUUUCGAACCGGUGGCAGUAACGUCACUUUUCAACGAAUCACCAAUGGACUCUUCUAUACUGGUUGAAGAGCCAGAGGUAUAUGAAAAUUCCAUGAAUCGCUCAUUUCAGUAUCGCAGACAAAUGGCACCAGCUUCAUACUCGGUGGUCCAUCAUCAUCACUACUACGGUGGCCAAAAUGGUGCUCAAACUGGCUUCCAAGCAUAUCCAGGAUCAGUACAGUCAGGCCCAGGUUUGGCACAUUCAGGAACAAUGUCAAAUUCUGAAUACGCAGGCUAUCAUUCAAUGCUUCAAAAGCAAAGCUUCCAAGAUUACCCCCAGGGUCCCGUCAUAGGGUAUGCCGUUGGGAGUAAUGACGGAAAAAUCGGAAAAAUCGGAAAAACCAGGGAGUUCGGAUUAAUCAACAGUGGCCCCGGAGAUAUCUACACCGGACAUUACAAUCAUGGUGAAAGAUACCCAGCAAGACAUGGCCAUUUCCUCAGUAAGGAUCUCGUACUCCCGUCACCAUGGGACUCGCAUGCCACCCCCGCAGAGCGCACUCCCUACCUUUUCUCCCUGUAUCUUCAACUUCUUAUCAACAUCUGUCUAUCGGUAUACGCAGGCCACCUUUUGGUGACUAUCGUUCGCACAAUCAAACAAGAUAUUGCUUAUAAGCUUGAAACGGAGGCCAAUAACCUCUUGGUGGAGAUCGCGCUGUGUGAACGGUCCUACUACGAAAAUAAUUGCCAGCCUGAAACAAUUGUGCCAGCAUUGGAGAAGAUGUGUGGGUAUUGGGAAAAAUGCAUGAACCAGGACCCAUUCAGAGGAGGUAAUAAGUCACUGAUGAGCGCACACACAAUUGCUAUGAUUAUUAAUCUGUUGAUUGAACCACUCAGCUUUAAGGUGUUGGUGGUGUUCGCAUUGGCAAUGGUGCUUGUCUUUGUCAGCAAUUUUGCAUUUGGUUAUGUUCGUGCUAAGACAUACUAUGGCUGGGGUCCUAGCGGAAAUCCGACGGAAUAA